AUGAAGCAAAAAAUCACGAUCAGUCUGACGGUAAACAUCGAUAAAUGUCGGACAAAGGCUAUGAAAAUUGCAGUAUCUACUCCAGGGGUGAUCUCGGUUACUAGUGGUGCAGAUAAAAAUCAGUUGGUGGUUACCGGCGACGGCGUCGAUUCCUUUGCGUUGAUGAAGUGCUUGAAGAAAAAAUUCAAAUGCGCCAGCAUUGUCUCCAUUGAAGAAGUGAAGCAGAAAGAUGAAAAGAAGGGAGAGGAGAAGAACAAGAAAGAUGAAUGCUGCAAAAUUUGUCGUUGUUCUUGUCCGUGUCCCCCGCUAGGUUACAACAAUCCAUGCGUACAGUACUACCCGGUGUGUCAACCCGUAUACGACUCCAAUCCAAGUUGCUCCAUUCAAUGA